ACAACCUGACACGGCGCCUUGCGACACCACACACUACGUCUCGCUCCACUGAUCAGUCAAUGCAUGCCCGCCAGCGCAGUCGAGAAGGCAAAAGCUCACUCAAAGAAUGCCUCACUUGCAUCUCUCGAUGGCAAUUUAGAAAAAGCCCUCGGUGAGCUUAUUCUGGCAUCAGACCUCUAUCUCGAUGCAAUACAACACGCUGCGGGCGAUACAGCCUUGCGGCAGAAGCUCAGAGAACUAUUCGAUGGGACACUUGAAGAGGCGGAAAAGAUCAAGCAGCGACAAAAGGCCAUCAAGGGCACAGGUCACGCGCAAAGACGACCAGGCGAACCAGCGAGAACAGACACUGGCAGCUAUGUGCGGCAGCCGAUGCAGAUCUUUGAGCAUGUCUACAAGUCGUCGCGCGUCAUCCCAAAGAAGGAGAAAAUGCUGCUGCUACAGUCAUCAAAGCUUGAAGAGACCGUCUGUCCCAUAUGGAAUGUCGAACAUAUUGAACGUGCUAUGCAAUGCACAGAAUUGUUUCAAACCGCGAGCAGCUGGUCUGCCGGCUGCAUUCCUGGCCAUGAACUGAAUGAUUUUCGGCUAACAGAGCUCAUCGAGAAUCCCUUGUUGGACAGCACGGAUUGCAAUCUCUACUCGACCUUCAGACAGAACAUCUUGAAUGAUUGUUCCUUCGUUUGCGCGCUCAUCGUCGCAGAUCAGUGGUCCAAUCGCUUUCGAACAAAAUUGUUGACGGCAAAUCUGUAUCCGCGCGACAAAUCUGGACUUUGCCAAAUGUCGCCUCUGGGGAAAUACAUGGCGAAAGUAUGGCUUCAUGGUAGUGAUCGCCAAGUCAUCAUCGACGAUCGCUUGCCAGUGCCGAAUUCAGGUUCGGUUUACGACCUGCUCGUCUUUUCUCAUGCCUAUAAGGACGUUGCAUGGCCUGUAUUGCUAGAAAAGAUCUACCACACCAUCAAAGGCUGCUCAUUUGAAGGAUCCAACAGCGCAAGCGACCUUUACUUGCUCACAGGCUGGGUACCUGAGGAGAUUCAUCUCCGGGCGGUGGACUUUGACCGUGAUGGAUUCUGGUCACCAAUCUUUACUGCGUGGAAGAAAGGGCAAGUGCUCAUCACGACAGGCAGUGCCCGUUUGAGUAAAGAUGAAGAGGCAGACUUUAUGCUCACGUCCAACCACAGCUACGCCAUCAUAGGCAUGCGCGAGGAUUUGGAUGGGAAGCGGCUUUUGAGUCUACAGGAUCCCUGGGGUUCAAGCACAAGUCAAAAGGGCAAUACUUUUGAAGUGGACUAUGCCAAGGUGAGUCUCCUGUUUGGAGCGCUGUUCCUCAGCUGGGAUCCACGCCUCUGGCGAUAUAGGGAGCUGUACCACAUCCGCCGUGACUCUGGCUUCCAUGCAGCAGCACCAGUGUGUCUAUACGAUGACCCGCAGAUGGUCAUUGCGAAUGAAUCUGCUAAAAGUGUCGAAAUGCUGAUUGUGCUGUCGCGGCAUGGCCAAGGGCGUAAGUGUCAUAUAGGCAUGGCGCUGUUCGCCAACGAUGGAUAUCGGCAAUGGCUCGACCAGGACUCUAUUGCAUCUACCGAUCAUCUGACUUCUUCCGACAUCACAUUGCGAUGUACAAUACCGCCUCGCAUGCAAUACACCCUUGUGAUUUUCCAGAGUUGGUUAGAUCAGGGCACUCUCUAUUCACUUGCAGUGCAUCAUAACGAGGAGACUGCUGCUAUCCAAUUGCUGGAUGCGCAAAAUCAACAUCAGAGACCUGCGGACUCACAAGUAUUUGAAGGCGCUUGGAUAGCCGCCACAGCUGGGGGAAAUGCCAAUCAUUCUUCUUUCGUCAAGAAUCCGCAGUACAUCGUGACCCUGUCCGAGCACAGCGACCUUCACUGCGCACUCGAAGCAUCGUCCGAUGUUAAUGUUCAGAUCGACUUAGUUAUGCUUCCCCGGUUAUGCACAAGAGCAGCGAAUCCGCAAGGUAAGCACGCUGUCACUAGUGGCAAAGCGUACCAGCGAAUGACCAAUACCCUGUCCGCCAAAGGUCUACCACCAGGCCGGUAUGCUGUUGUGUGUUCCACUUGGCGACCAGGCGAGCUUUCCACAUUCAAAUUGACGGUUCUGCUUAGACCUAGUAGCGGUACCACCUGGUGCGACCCUGCGAUGUUGCCUACUUGGAACGUUCUGCCGCCCUUGGGUUAUGGCAAAUCACAUCAUCAGCUUGAAGGAUGCCUCGGUCCAGACAAGGGUACUGCAAUCGUUACCUGGACCUCGCCAGCGGCCAACUCCGCAAGCUUAUAUGUGCACUCCCUUCCGCCUCGGAUACCUCUUCAGCUUUUUCUCGCAGUCGUUGGCACUCAACGCGUUCAAGUUGCGUGUGCACUUGGCGAAACGAGUCUAACGAUGGAGCCAAUCAAGCUGGGUGUGCUCCCCGCUGAUACGCACUAUGAGUUGACGAUUGUUGCAAGCACCAUGACUGGCGCGCGCGAUGUAGCAUUUCAGCUGGAUCUCUACGCAAAUCAGCCAUUGACGACCUUUCAAUUGAAGUAGAAUCUUCAGACCUUCUGUUACCAAUGGCAUCUUCCUGAAAUCAUAUUUAUGACUCCUCUAAACUGUAUAACAAACGGCAACUUGAUCAACGACAACAAGUAGGAAGAGCAGCUGAAUUCUGAAAGUGACACAUCUGAAACUGUUCAGGGGUCAACCACACCCGAGUCGUCCCUGUGGAACAUCAAGGCACGCUUUGUCCGUACGAAAAGGCUCAAGUAACUAAGAUAGCCGAACUUGGCUAAGUGGCAUGUAUACCAAAGUGACAUGAAUCUAUUUGUCAA